UAUCUGGUUCUGGUUUAUCUCCUGCUGCUAUUUCAGUUUUCUUCCAUGUUUGGUCCUCGGCGCUCUCUCUCUCUCUCUCUCUCCUCUCUCGCUCGCCCAUCUGCAGCGGCUAUAAGCCGCCCGCGGCGCCUCGCCUCCAUCUGCGGCGAAGCAUGGCUCCAAAGAAGGUGGAGGCCAAGAAAGCGGAGGUGAAGAAGGUGGAGGCCAAGAAGGAGGAGGCGGCGCCCCCGGCCAAGGCCCCGGAGCCGGAGCCGGAGCCCCGGGCCCCGGAGGUGGACCUGCGCAGCGUGGUGGUGGAGUUCAGCCCGGACCAGGUGGAGGAGUUCCGGGACGCCUUCUCCCUGUUCGACGAGACGCCGGGCGGCGAGAUGAAGAUCAGCUACGCCCAGUGCGGCGACGUGCUGCGGGCGCUGGGGCACAACCCGACCAACGACGAGGUUCUGAAGCUGCUGGGCCGGCCCAAAGCCGAGGAGAUGCACGCCUCGCUGCUGGACUUCCAGGCCUUCCUGCCCAUGCUGCAGCACGUGGCGCGCGCCAAGGAGCAGGGCAACAUGGAGGACUUCGUGGAGGGGCUGCGCGUCUUCGACAAGGAGGGCAACGGCACCGUGAUGGGGGCGGAGCUCCGCCACGUCCUGGCCACGCUGGGGGAGCGCAUGACGGAGGACGAGGUGGACCGGCUCAUGGCGGGCCAGGAGGACGCCAACGGACACGUCAACUACACCGAGUUCGUCAAGCACAUCCUGGCCGGGUAGCAACAAGUGGGGGAGGGGAGGGGGCGGCGCUCCGCCUUAAUAAAACACCUACAGCUCUG